AAGUAAACCCUAGUUCUCUCCCUCCCAAACGGAACCCCACCUCCGCAGGCAGCGCAACCAUGGCGGAGGGAGCCGCCGCAGCCUCCAACUACGAGGUGGACCUCGGCAACCUCAUGGCGUACGACCCGUCGCAUCACCUCGCCGCCGCCCCCUCCUCCAGGAAGGAGCUGAGGGAGGACUGCUUGCGGAAGGGGACGGAGCUGGCGCAGGCGGUGGCCGACGCCCUCUUCGCGCUGCCGCCUAACGAGGAUCGCGACGGCCCCAUCGUUCGCCUCCCGCCGCCCACCACUCGCCUCCCCCGCGAGAAGCAUCUACCGAAGCCGAAGCCACCUACUAAGUGGGAGCAGUUCGCAAAGAUGAAAGGGAUUACAAAGCGCAAGAAGAAUAAGCGUGAAUGGGAUGAGCAAACUCAAACCUGGAAGCGAACGUAUGGCUAUGACCGUGUUAAUGAUGACAAGGACAUUCCGAUCAUUGAAGCGAAAGCAACAGAUGAGGCUGGUGUUGAUCCUUUUGCUCAAAGGAGGGAUGAGAAGAAGAAACGGGUUGACAAGCAAGAAAAGAACAGACUAGAGAACUUAAAGAGAGCUGCAAAAGUUGGUGCUUUGCCAAGUCAUAUACAGCUUGCUGCAACAGCUUUGCCCAUCACAGGAACUAAAGCUGAUGUUCCAAAAAAAUCUAGAAAAGAGGAUCUUGAGGAUGUUGCUGGCAUGGCUUCAUCAGCAACAGCGAGUGGUGGGAAGUUUGAUGAGAAGUUGCCUGGCGAGAAACCACCAAAGCACCCUGGCAAACAUAGAAAGUUCCUCCCUGUUGUUGAAGGGAAGGGAAUGGGCAACCUGGAGAAACAGCAGAAUGACAAAAUCCUAAACUCUCUACUUGCCAAAAGCUCUGAGGAACAGAUCGAUGUCGGCAAGGCAAUUACAAUGUACAAAGUGAAGAAGGAAAAGCAGAGAAGGAAAGACAAAGACAUGUCUUCGAAAUCUGAUAAACUUAGGCCCAAGAAGAUACCCCACAAGAAAUUAUCAAAGAAAAAGGCUUAGGUCUGCAUUGUUAUUGUGACUUGCUGUAGCCUGUAGGAGUUGAUCACAGUUUUGAAGGCUCAUGAAGAUCGGCAAAUUUUACUAUUAUAUUUGUCUGGCUCAUCCAUGAGAAAUAUUGUUAUUUUGUUUGCUGGUUAUGAGACGAGAACCUGAAUGUUAGGACAUAGCUGCCUUGAUGUGCGCGUAUUAUAUUUUCGAAGAUAUUGUUGGGAGUGUGGUUUAUAAGUUCGUUGGCAAUCUAAAGGAGCGAGUAGCUGCCUAAUGUAUGAAAAUGCAUUUUAGUUGUAAACGAAAUCGGUUGUCUA